UAUAAACGCCCUCGCCGGCCCCUCUCUCUCUCUCAUCCAUCCUCACCGCCGCAAUCCUCAACUCCCCACCUUCACCCAGAUCCACAGAGCAGCAGAGAGAUCGCCGGAGUAUCAGGCCGAGGAAGAAGACAGUUCAGCCAGCCCGAUCUCAAGUCACCAUGGUGGUCGCGCUCGGCCCCGGCAGGUUCUACGGCGGCGGCCUCCCGCGCCCGCGCGUCUUCCCCGGCGACCGCGUCGACCCGCCGGCGCCCGUCACCGACGCGCUCCUCUGCUGGGCGCGCGACGCGCACUGGUCCAUGGGCGGGCUCGGCGCCAAGCGCCUCCGCCUGCAGGGCCGCAUCGAGGGCAACCUCGUCAAGCUCCGCCGCACCGCGCGCCGCGACGCUUGGGUCUCCGCCAAGUCCGCCAAGUCCAAGGUCCGCGCUGCGGGGCACGGGCCCGCCCCUGCCACCCUCGACGACGCGCUCGGCUCCGACGACGACGACUCCGAGGACGAGGCGGAGGUCGCGGCCCAGGAGAAGGCGAUGCGGCGCGAGGUGGUGGAUUACGACGAGGACUCCGAGUCCGGUGAGUCCGAGGGCGAGGGGGUGCCGCUCGUCACCAUCGCCGCCGCCGCCAAGAGGAAGCGCGUCAGGAAGCUCUCCGACGAGUUCGACCGCAUAGCCGCCGCGCAGCUGGAGGGCGGCGCGAAGAAGAAGCCGCUGAGGAAGAAGGCUGAUGCUCCUGCUCCGGCCGCUGAGGCACCGGCGAAGAAGUCGCUGAAGAGGAAGGCGGUGGCGCCGGCGGCUGGGGCUGCGGCGAGGACCUCACCGAAGAGGAAGGCUGCUGAGGCGCCGGCGGCAAGGAGGACCUCGCCGAGGUCGAAGCACUGAUGGAUAGGUGCUCGUUUCCAUUUGCAAUCCCUGUUCUUGGUUCGUCAGAUCGGUGGCUCUAGCGAUUGUGGUAUGAUCUCGGAGAUGCAGUAUGCUGUGUGUUCGUUGAAAUGCUUGAAUGGAAUCUAGUUUCAUGUCUCUAUGUA